CAAACUUGUAAAAAGGGUUUGUAAUGUACAGAUAUACACACCACAACUGCAAAUAUGCCGAGUGGUCCGUUUUGCGGCUGACCCUUCUCAUUUCCAUCCUUUUCUUUACCUUCACAUUUUCUCAGUGGCCAUGAAUGGAGAUGUAGCUCCGCCCGCCUCUCCGGCGGGCUCAGCCGAGCCCCAAUACGUCAGGGCUAAGACUUCUGUAUGGUGGGACAUCGAGAACUGUCAAGUCCCCAAGGGCUGCGAUCCUCACGCCAUCGCUCAAAACAUCAGUUCCGCCCUCGUCAAAAUCAACUAUUCUGGCCCUGUUUCCAUUUCCGCUUAUGGAGAUACUAAUCGCAUUCCCAAUUCUAUUCAGCAAGCUCUUUCCAGUACUGGCAUCGCCUUGAAUCAUGUCCCUGCCGGUGUUAAAGAUGCAAGUGACAAGAAGAUUCUAGUCGAUAUGUUGUUUUGGGCAGUUGAUAACCCUGCUCCUGCAAAUUAUUUGCUAAUUUCCGGUGAUAGGGAUUUUUCUAACGCACUUCAUCAAUUAAGAAUGAGAAGAUAUAAUAUUCUUCUUGCACAGCCGCAAAAGGCUUCUGCACCACUAGUUGCAGCAGCAAAGAGUGUUUGGCUUUGGAUGAGUCUCGUAGCUGGUGGACCUCCAAUGUCCAGAGCUGAAUCAUCUCAACUUGUGAAUGGUAUCCUUACUUCUGACCCUCAAAUAUCACAGAGCUCUGGAUUUGAUCAUAAUCAGCAGACAGGACAAGCUAUAGUAUGCAAACCUGAAAAUGUCACUUUGGGAAACCAAAGAUCUUAUUCUACUGAGAGGAUGGGCGACAAUAAACAUAAAGGUAAACAUGCACAGAAAAGCUCCAACCAACCCGUCAUAUCCAGAGCUUUGAGCUCACCUGUUUCUAUGCAAGAGAAAAACCCUAAUUUUGUAAACCAACCAAAUUAUAUGCAAGCGAAGCAGUUUAAGAAAGCACCCCAUGAAUUAUUUGGUAAUAGCAAUCCUGUAGGCUCUUCUAUCCAGUCUACUCCAAGCCCGUUUAUUGAAAAUUCCAGUCAUGCUAGGACUGAUGGCAAUGUUUCAUUGGGUAGUUCAUCAAGUUACCAACCUCCUCACAUGAGUCAUGCUAGGACUGAUGGCAAUAUUUCAAUGGGUAAUUCCUCAAGUUACCAACCUCCCCACCUGAGGCAAAACAACAUGCAGCUCCAUCCUCCUUUUCGACCAGAUAAUGUUUUUCCUCCUAACUCCCUUAAUCAUAAUUCUUUACCAGUCGCUGGUCAAUCUGAUCUCUCUGCCCCCAAUAUUAGUAAGCUACAUAUCUCUGAUUAUCCUAAUUAUGCUAUAAAUCCUCAAAAUUUCCAUCAUCAAGCUGGCGAAUUUAGACCACAUACCAAAUCUCAAAAUCCUGCCAACUUUAAUUCACCAGACAAAGGCCGUAGUCAGCAUGGUGGUCAAUCAUUCCAUCAUGAUGCAUUGAAUAAAAGACAUGCUCGUGAUUUAGUAGAGUAUACACCUCAUUCAUCUUCUAUCACUGUUACUAGAAGUUUAUCUUAUAAUGAUGGCUGGGGAUCUCAGGGGCAACCACCACCUUCGGAGUACAUUCAAGGCCUUAUUGGAGUUAUUCUUCUUGCAUUAAACACCCUGAAAACGGAAAAAAUUAUGCCAACUGAGGCCAAUAUAUCUGACUGCAUCCGAUAUGGAGAUUUGAGAAACAGCAAUACUGAUGUAAAAAUGGCACUAGAUAGUGCGAUAGAACAUAAUAUGGUAGUGAAGCAGAAUUUAGGAGCAGUGCAAUUGUAUGUUGGUAAAACAGAAAAACUAUGGAAGUGUGUGAACCCUCUAGGUGGGCAUCCUAAUCAAUACCAAAAAGCUAUAUGGAAUAAAAUUCAUAAUUACUUAGCUUCUCCGGUUGGUCGUUCUGCAAUAAUGGCUUCUCGUUCAAGAUAUGAAGCAGCAUUAAUUCUGAAGAAAGAAUGCUUAACAGAUUUUGCCUUGGGUGAUGUGCUUCAGAUUUUGAAUAUGAUAACCUCAAUGAAAAAAUGGAUUACUCAACAUAUUUCAGGAUGGCAGCCAAUUAAUAUUAUACUAACAGAAGGUAAUACAGAUGCAAGUUCAAGAACCGGACUUGAUUGAUCAACACAAGUACCAAUUAAGUAGAAAACUUUACUCUCAAACUGCCGCUAUGAAGGCUGAUUAAGGCGGAAUAUUAGUCACAUUGAAGGGUGGAGUAUUAUUACAAAAGAUACCAGAAGUUACUAGGAUUACAAAUGUUUAAAACCUCAAGGUUUGCGUAUUCUGUUCUUUUACUUUCACGUUCUUGGAGAAAAUUUUCACAUUCUGAAAUGCAUGAAAAAACGGGGAUCUCAAGUCACCUUACUAGUCUAUGAAGAGCCAUCCCAGAUGCACGGCUGCCAUUUUAAGUUCCUUCCUCAAAGGAAUCGCUUUGUUCACGUGUUUUUCUCUUCUUCUCUGCGAGUUGUACAUUCGAUGUCUGUUUUCAGGCGCUAUAAGUGUGUCAUCUAUGGCGGUGGAAAGAAACGCGAUGUUCUUUUGUUUCGACUACACAGAGUUAGCUAGCUAGAUAAUAUGGCUGUUGACCAGUUUCAGUAUCCCUCCUAAAUCUGUUUAAGGACACUGUAUGUCACCAUGCCAUGUUUACUACAGAAGGAUAUUAUUAGCAUAAAGGAAUGCUGCCUGUGGAUCAGCUUUUGAAGUCAGAAAGGAGAUUAACAUGGGGCAUUCUGAAGCUUUUCUUUUUCUUUCCACUUUUUCCCAUAGAUAUGGACUUAGCCAUAAAAUGGUUUUGCCUAUUUGUAUUACAAUAGAUUUCUUUGCUCCGUUCUUGCUUAUGGGAUUUGAUUGUAUGGGCUCAGUGGUAUCUCUUGAAUGUUUGUACUUCAUUCUAGUUUCUAGAACAGAUGAAACUUUCAUAUGUUUUGUUUGUUAUGUUAUAGUGGGGACAUAAGGGAAUUGGUUCCCUUGCUGUUGAAAUGUUUUAAAUAAAUGAUCAUAGUGUCCGUUUAUGAUU